AUGGUUUGCUUAACUAGAAACUUGUUGCUACCUGUAAAAUUUGCAGUAAUUCAAUUUCUGUGUCAUUUAUCCGCCACCGUUGUUUCUGUUUCAGCAGACAAUUCAAAAUUGGCUCUUUCUUUCAGCGGUUGUGGUUUUCUGGGGACUUACCAUUUUGGAGUUUUAACGUGUCUCUCAAAGAAUAGACCGGAUUUAAACAAAAGAGUUGCUAGGUGUGCUGGGGCGUCUUCAGGUUCUCUGGUAGCUGCUGUCUCUGUGCUUGCCCCAGAAAAAAUCGAGGACGGCUUGGAUAAGAUGUAUUCUCUGGCUAAAGAAGUUAGUAGUUUACGGUUUGGCGCAUGGACUUCAGGGUUUCGCCUUAGCGAGAAGUUAGCUAGUAUCGUAGAAGCAUUUAUACCAGAUGAUAUAUCUCGCGCUCAAGAUAAUCUCUACAUAUCACUUACUAGGAGAAGGGACUAUAAGAAUGUGUUAGUAUCUCACUUCGUGUCGCGUAGUCAUCUGAUGGACUGUUUGUUUGCAAGUUGUUAUAUACCAAUGUAUUCUAUGGGUCUUGAUUUUAAUGCUCCUCGACCACUAAUUGAUGACGAGGUUUACAUAGACGGUGGUUACACUAACAAUUUACCUGUCUUCCUCGAUAUUCCAACUAUCACUAUAUCACCGUUUAGCGGCAAUGCAAUGGUGUCUCCAAAAGAUGAAGGAUCUAUUGUUCCUUUGAUGGAUUUAAACUUCCGGUUUGGUACUCAAGAGUUUAAGGUGAACAUGAAUAAUCUUUGGCGUGGACGACAAGCGUUAUUUCCUCCAUCAGUUGAAGUUCUUCGUGAUUAUUACUAUAAGGGAUAUGAAGAUAUGUUAGACUUCUUAUCUAAAAAUAAUCUCACUCUCAAUGGAUUUUAA